AUGCCCACGCCUGCCCAUCCAAAUAUUCCUGGCGCAUGGACCGUUGGAAGGCCGAAGAGCGAAUGGCCGGAUCCGCCAAAAACUUUGAAUCCAAAGUUCUAUUCGCCAGAGCCACCAGAGGAGGCUUCUCCGGAGGAGUAUGAUGUCACUGAGCUGUGGAAGUGCCAGAAGGAGGAGAUGUUUGGCACUGAGCUUCAGAGCUUGAAGGGCUACUCGCCACUGCCGUCUCCUACUGGUUCUUCGCCGUUUUCUUCGAAGGUGUUCUCGCCUGGCUUGCCCCAGGAGGGUUAUGUUCCGGAAGAGGCUGAAGUCACCUCGUCUAUUGAGCCACACAUGACGGGGCCGUUAUUGCCAGACUCAGCACCGCUUGAUUUCUCGUGCUUGAUGCCCCAAGCUGGUCUUGUGAUGGCGUCUGCAGCGGCGCCAAUGGCUGGAUGCUGGGACUUUGACCCGGCUAACAAAACUGACGAGAACGUCUUGUUGCACGUAUUGGCAGAGGAUUUCGAUAGAAUAGCUUUAGAGCCGGAGUACGGGCCCAAGAUUAUGAUCGAGCAAGAACCGUGGCAUCAUACGGUAAAAGGGUUAGCCUGGGGCUUAUCUUCCAAAGAAUACCAUAAACGGUACUACUGGGCAAAGUAUGUUCAUGACGAGGAGAACUAG